GUGACGGCAGUCUCGGCCGUGGUCAGCAUGCGGCCGGCGGUGCAGCUUCUGGCCGCUUUGGCCACCUGUUUGGGAGUUGUGGGGGCCUCCACCCUGUCAAAGGUUCCAGUGGCUACUGGGAAGGGGCUGGAUGAUGGGGACAGCUUGGCAGCGGAACAGCAGACGAGAGCUGAUGUUCCGGAGUACGUCCGACCCACGACCGUUGUGGAGCUGGCCGCUGUGCCGCCGGUCCUCCCACCACCCAGCUCACCCAGCGCCCCGACCGCUGCCUCGCGAGUCGCUCGUAUCUUCCUCCCGCGCAGACAGUUCACCAAGACCUGCGUGGCAAUAACAGCCGGGUCAGAUGACAACAGCGAGGCACUUGCUCAGAUCCUGGAGGCCAUCAACAGCAGCAAGGACAUGUUGACCGCCGGCCAGGCCGCGAUCCUUCAGGCGAUCGCCGGAGUGAGCACCGGUGGAGGCACGGGCACGUGCGACCUCUCCGGGCUGGAGGAGGGCCAAACGACGAUUAUGAACCAGCUAACCACCAUCUCAAUGGAUCUAGAACAGCUGGAUGAUAUUCAAGCUCUCAUUGAAAGUGCUAAGAGUAUGAUCCUUGCCGGACAGACAGCACUUGCCACUAGCAUCAGCGACCUGGGUGAUGAUAUAGACAUGGCAAAGACAGAUAUCUUAGCUGGACAGAGCACAAUCAUUACCGACAUAGCCGGCGUGGCGACCGAUAUCGACAUGGCCAAGACCAUGCUGCUCAACGGACAAACCACCAUCACCACCGACAUUGCGACUCUCUCAACGGACCUCGGCAUUGCCAAACAAAUGAUACUGGAUGCCAUCGACGCCCUUUCUACAGACAUCGAUAACAUAUCAACUCUGAUCGACUCGCUAAAGACGAUGGUCCUGGAAGGCCAGGAUGCCAUCAACAAUAACAUUGAAAACCUGUCCACUCAGAUCACGACCCUGCAGACGACGCUGGAGUCGGAGCUGACUGACAUCGACAACCAGCUGGACGCCUUGGAGGCGGGCCAGCAGGAAAUCUGCGACAAGAUCGAGGCACUCGACGCCAAGCUCGACACCAUCAUCGCCAAGCUGAUGGAAGGCAGCAUGGAUAUGUGCGAUGAUGGCUCUGAGCCAAUCAACGGACAGUGCUUCUUCCUAUCGCCGCAGGCAGAAAACUUUGAUGACGCCCGGGCUGCCUGUGAGGCCCAGGGAGGUACCCUGGCCACCAUGACCGCCGACAACGCGGCGGCUCUGUACGCCCUGGCUGACAUGGCGUCCAACGACAAAGUAUGGAUCGGUCUGACUGCCGAGAGCGGCGCCUGGGAGUGGGAGGACGGCACGGACUACCCCAGCGGCUACAUGGACUGGGACGGGGGCACCGAGCCCAGUCCAGCCUCGAUGCGCUGUGGAGAGGCAGAGGCUACCUCCAGCUCAGACGGAUUCUGGAACGAUAUCACUUGCAACGCCCAGCGGCAGUUUAUCUGUUCUACCACUCCCUGAGGUCAGCAGGUCAGCACUCGUUACGGGCACAGUGACGUCUUCAGCCCGACAUGUUAAAAGCACUGAGCUGAUGGCUGCCAUGUCGCUUUUCUAUGUGUCAAAGGCGUGUGAUAGUUGUGGUUUGAUGACGUGUUAGCACGUCUGGUGAUCGGUAGUAUUUAUUUACAUUAUGUCUGUAGUGACGUUGAAGUUUGUAUGAGAAUGAGGAAUUGCAUUAUGAGACUCGCACAAGGGCGUGAUGAGAAUAUUUUGGAAGGCUCUCUGUGUAAGAAACGCGCAUUUGUGAGGGAAUAAAUUAUUUAUUGA